UAUCUACCCUGGACUCCAUCACUCUGAUGUACCCUUUCUUUUACCGGCCCAUGUUUGAAGUGAUAGAAGAUGGCUGGCAUUCUUUCCUUCCUGAGCAAGAAUUUGAGCUCUACUCUUCAGCUACCAGUGACUGGAGGUUAAGCUAUGUCAAUAAGGAAUUUGCGGUCUGCCCCUCUUACCCGCCAAUUGUCAUAGUACCCAAAUCCAUUGAUGAUGAAGCUCUUCGGAAGGUGGCUACAUUUCGACAUGGAGGACGCUUCCCAGUACUCAGCUAUUAUCAUAAAAAAAAUGGAAUGGUAAUUAUGCGAAGUGGUCAGCCACUGACUGGCACAAAUGGGAGACGGUGCAAAGAAGAUGAGAAGCUGAUCAAUGCUACUCUCAGAGCAGGAAAGCGUGGCUACAUCAUUGAUACUCGAUCUCUAAAUGUAGCUCAGCAAGCUAGAGCCAAAGGAGGCGGCUUUGAGCAAGAAGCUCAUUAUCCCCAGUGGAGGCGGAUUCAUAAGUCCAUUGAGAGGUAUCACAUUCUUCAGGAGAGCUUAGUCAAACUUGUGGAAGCUUGUAAUGACCAAACACAUAACAUGGACCGAUGGCUUAGUAAAUUGGAGUCUUCCAACUGGCUGACUCACAUCAAAGAGAUUCUGACAACUGCCUGUCUAGUGGCUCAGUGUAUCGACAGGGAAGGAGCAUCCAUAUUGAUUCAUGGAACAGAAGGCACUGAUUCCACACUUCAGGUGACCUCCCUGGCCCAGAUCAUCUUGGAACCAAGAAGCAGGACCAUCCGUGGUUUUGAGGCCCUGAUAGAAAGAGAGUGGCUGCAGGCUGGUCACCCGUUCCAACAGCGCUGUGCACAGUCGGCCUAUUGUAAUAGUAAGCAGAAAUGGGAGUCGCCUGUAUUUCUUCUCUUCUUGGAUUGCGUGUGGCAGAUACUUCGUCAGUUCCCUUGUUCUUUUGAAUUUAAUGAGAAUUUUCUCAUCAUGCUCUUUGAGCACGCUUAUGCCUCACAAUUUGGAACGUUUCUGGGCAACAAUGAAAGUGAAAGAUGUAAGUUGAAGCUACAGCAGAAAACGAUGUCUCUGUGGUCUUGGGUCAAUCGGCCCAGUGAACUGAGUAAAUUCACCAAUCCUCUCUUUGAAGCCAACAACCUUGUCAUCUGGCCUUCGGUUGCUCCACAGAGUCUUCAGCUCUGGGAGGGUAUUUUCCUGCGUUGGAACAGAUCCUCCAAGUAUUUGGAUGAAGCAUAUGAAGAAAUGGUUAACAUCAUUGAAUAUAAUAAGGAAUUACAAGCAAAAGUAAAUCUCCUUAGGAGGCAGUUGGCAGAACUGGAGACUAAGGAUGGGAUGCAGGAGAGUCCCUGAAAGGUGUCCCCACACCUGUGUAAAACCUUCCCACACCCGUAUCCCACCUUUCUCUCCUUUUGAUCUUUAGCUCACUUUUACAUAGUAGCCUUGAACUUAAGGCUUUAGAUAUGAGAACCCUCUAAUCUAAUGGAUUUCUCAAUACUUUAUGAAUGCAAUUUACUAUAAUUACACAUGUUUCAUGUGGCCUCUUAGGCCUUUUUACUUUGGGAGCAGGAAGGAGGUGCUAGUUAUUUUAUUUUAUUUUAUGCUAACCAGGUGACCUAUGUAAUACCAUUAGUGUUAUGCACCAUUUCAUCAUAAGCUUUCUGUGUCUACUUUCCAAACAGUGCUUCAGACCAGUCGAGGUUAUGACUAAUCUCUUUAGGGGAUAUGUUAAUUUAAAAAAAAGAUUAGACGCUUAAACAUUUUGAAAAUAUAAAUAUUUUUCAAAACUGAAAUGGUAGAUAAACCAAGAAUGUUAUGUUUAACAUGCCAUUUCCAAUACCUUUGCCAUUCUCUUUAAAAUAGUUUUGGAAUAACAAAGAUGAACUCAGUCUCACUCUGGUUUGUCAGGAGAGGAAAUUCUGAAUAUUUAUUCAAGGUAAAUUAUUUUUACAAGGGCAACAGGUAUAGUCCUCUGCUAUUUACCUUAAGAAGUAAAUUUAACAGUAGACAGUAAAAGUAUGUGCAAUAUAGAAAUAAAGUAGGAAUUUGUUACUGAUAUGGUAUUGUUACUGUUGAAUUGGUUUUUCAGGUUUUUAUCAUACAUAUUAAAUAUGUAUCAGAUGCUGGAUGUAACAUUGAACCAUCAUUUAUAAUAGAUGUUAAUUUGUUAUACUUAAGCUACAAAUAUGGUUUCCUUAAACCAGAGAUACACUGCCCUUGUCUGACAUUCUCAUUGUACUGGUUUAUGUAUAUAUGUGUAUGUUUUAUUUGUUUUGUUUUAUUUUUAAGUAUUCUAAGUGUUUACGAAUACUAAAAUUACAACUUUCAUGGUGGUGUGAGCCUUUGAAAAUGUAUCUGGGCUCUGCUGAUUUGUCCAUUAUAUGUUAGGCAAAUGUAAUUUAAGUGGAGGUGAAAGAUUAUGAACAUGAUGCAGCUAUGUUUUAAACUUCAGAUUGAAAUGUUUCAAUGUUAUAGGAAAAGUGAUGACUAUACUUAUGCUGUGCUAGUUCAUGCCCGAAACUCAAAGUUUGCAAUUCAGUGCUUUCCAUGUACGUUUCUGUUUUGUGGAAUUGCCCAUUUUAACAAAUACUGUCAAUUCCCGUUAUUCUUUAAAAAGAUAGUUGAAAAAUAAUCAUUAAUACCAUUUCUACCCCAUCUACAUAUAACCAUUUCAGUGUAAAACAUACC